UUCCUGUCCUCAGUGACGGUGUGCAAUCUCUGUCUUCCCCCCUCCCCCCCUUUGCAGACGUCCUUGAGCUUUUGAGACGGAUGUGAGCGGGUUUUGAGUCUUCAUGCAAAACAACUAACUAAACAUAACAGAUGACAUCAGCUCGGGCUUUUCAAUUCCUGGAUGGCAGCGGCGUGUUAAUCCAACCUUCAUCCUGGAUUUCAUAAACUAAAACAAGAGAGUUUGGCAGGACGACAACUCGGCCGGAUUGAGGAAAUGGAUGACGGCGAAGCGUACGGGCAACCCAGCGUAUAAAACUCAUCCACUUGUAGCCCGAUGCUCAGCUAUUCCUUUGGACUCGGGACCGCCGCACCCCUCCGUCCCGAACGCUGGGCUCAAACUUGAGUACUCGACUCAGAAGCCCAGGCUCCUCGUGCCCCGGAGAAUCAGCCAUGGAGUGUCUCUGGCUGCUGCUGACCGCCCUGCUGGUACCUGUGCACCUGGCGGGGACCUGGCCCCCCACAUACGCGGUCGAUUGCCCCGCGCACUGCGACAGCAACCAAUGCAAAACCAGCCAGCGCUGCAAACAGACGGUGCUGGACGACUGCGGAUGCUGCCGCGUGUGCGCCGCGGCCGCCGGGGAGAGGUGCUACCGCACGGUGUCCGGCGUGGACGGCGCCAAGUGCGGCCCGGGGCUACACUGCCAAUUUUCCAACCUCCAGGAUGUUUUCGGUGAAGAGUUUGGUAUCUGCAAAGAGUGUCCCCUUGGUACCUUUGGGAUGAACUGCAAAGAGAUCUGCAAUUGUCCAUCUAUCAUAUGUGAUAAAGUCAACGGAAAAUGUUUGAAAUUUUCCUUUUUCCAGGCUAAUUCAAAGCCUUCUGGCCGGAGAUCGGUGGCCCAUUCAGAUCAUGACAUGGCUUCUGGAGAUGGCAAUUCAGUCAAAGAACAAUUUGUGAAAAAGAAUGCAACUCGCUCUCCAAUAAUGAAAUGGCUAAAUCCCCGCUGAUACCGGUUAUGGUUUGAUUGGACAGCCAAACGAGUCCUCCCUUUGAAGAUUGUUUAAUACACAGUCAGACAUUUCAAAAGCAAUCUGAUUAUUGAAUAGGAAAACCAAAUUUCUGUGAUCCACCGAGACUCUGGGGGGUGGGGGGGGGACCUUUACUUAGAUUCUGUAAAAUGCGUCUGACUGGACACUGUUAGAUAUUUGUCUUGAUAAGUAUUUGAUCACUAGACAUAUUCUAGAUUGGUAAGCUAUAUAGCAAUAUUGAAGAAAUUCAAAGAAAAGACAUUUAAAUAAUUCCAGUAUGCAGGUGUGAGUGCCAAAGAGAAGACAUCCAGAGCCAAACCUCCUACCCUGUCCUUUGCAUGGCCUGACUACAAGGUAUGGGAAGCCUAGGAAGGGUAGGAUCCAUAUCAUAUGCUCACUUGUGAUCACUUUCCAUCAUGGUAAUGAUCGUAAUAGGAUUGAGGGCUUUCUUUCACGUAGAGAGAAACAAGGGGAAAUCCAAAUGAGAAAACCGAGUCCAAACAAGUGGGAUGGACGUCUGCUGCCUCUGUGAAAUUGUGUAGAAGGGGCUAAUACUAGGGCACAGUUUAAAGGACUGCUUAGAUACCUGCAGACUCAGAUGACUCAUGGGAGGUUCCAGGACAGAGGGAAGGUGUGGCUUUGGAAAUAAUCUGAAAGAACGAGUUUCCACCUCAGAGGCAGGGGAUGGAGACAUUUUUGUUCAAUGUGGGGGGAGGGUAAAUAUUUAUAUAUUUUUAUAAUGCUACAUGUUACUAUGAUUCACCAAGUAUGCCCAUAUUUAUCUCUUUCUUGAGGAGGUGAGCAUGGCAUAGACCAUGAAGAAGAUGGUAGUGGGAGACUCCAGAGGGCUCCCAAAGGCAGCUUUAUCUUUCCAAACACCAGUAACCUGCUGGCUGAAUGGCGAUGAUAAUAAUAGAAUUCAUAAGCAUAAGUGGAAUCUAGAACACUUCAGCCACAUGACCCUUAGAUAUUCACUAGAUUCCCACCCCCACCCCCAUGUACUGUGACUGAUAUGUCAUUCAACUUCACAAUCGCAAAUGACUCUUCAAGCAAAGCAGACAAAGGAAGACUCAUUCUAAGCCCGUGGGCUGACUUUUUUGACUCUGAGGGAUUUGUAUGCCUCUUUCUUAAACCUGGAAAAUGGGGAUGUAUGAUGAAAAUCGGGGUACAGUUAAGAUGAUCCUAGCCUAUGCUGGACCGCCUCACGAGAUGCUGGCCAGGAACAUUUGCAAAAUAUUUUAUUUGAAGUUAAGAAUUGAGUAUAAUUAUUAUUGUUAUUAUAAUAAUUAUUAUUAUUUAAAAAUGAUUUCACUAUUUACACAGAUCUUAGACUCUAAGUUUAUGCUGGAGUUGCAAAUGGCAUGUGGGGGUCUUCGAAUGUAAAUCUAACAAGCUGUUCGAUUUUUGUUUUUAAAAGGCCACGUUCAUUAUUGUUCAAUAAAAGUCAAACUGCUAUCAUGGUG